CACAACUAAUUUGGCCAUCCAAGCAACAAAACGUUCCCACAACACUCUAGACGACUAGCAAUGGCAAAAAUAGCGGUUUGGCUUACAGUCCUGAUACUUGCGGCUGUCUUUGAUUUGGGUUCCCUGACUUAUGUGCCCCAAAAUGAAUGGGAUGCCUAUGUGCUAAAAUAUAGGAAAACAUAUCCUGAUAAGAUUGCUGAGAACAAUGCUCGCUACUAUUAUGCCGUCAACAAGAAUAUGAUUGAUGCACACAAUGCCAAGUAUAAUAAGGGCAUGAAGACGUUCUCUUUGGCCGUAAAUCAAUUCACCGAUAUGCGUUUGAUUCACUUCAAUGCCCUGUUCCCGGUGACUACACCCCUAGCCGUAUCGCAUGCAACUGUACCGCCCUUAGUUAUGCCAGGCGGUCCCACCUAUAAUCCCAAGAGUUUUGGUUACACUUUCAAUGUGGAGGAUCAAGGCAUAAAGUGUAACAGUGGCUGGGCCUAUGCUUCUGUCAAAGCCAUUGAAAUUCUAAAAGCUAUACACACAGCAAAUUAUGCUCCUGUAACUUUGUCAGCCCAAAAUAUGAUCGAUUGUGCUGGCAGUGCGAGAGCCUGCAUUAAUCAGGUUCCCCAAACGGUCUUUGACUAUUUAACCCAAUACCAGAUGAACCUGUUGGAUGUAAUGUACUACAAGAACAACAAUCAACUGGGCGAACCGGGCAUGUGUUUACCACCCAUGGGAGCUCCGGCUACGAAAUUAACCCUCUACUCUGUGUUGGACAACGAUGAGGAUUUGAAAAAUUAUGUGGCCUCUUCAUUUCCUGUAGUUGUGGAAGUUAAUCCUACGUCCUUUGAGUUUAUGCACUAUGCACAGGGUAUUUACCAGCCUCCUGCCACUACGACUAAAGGAUCACAUUUCAUGACUGUGAUUGGCUACGAUAUUGAUUAUUGGAUAGUACAAAACUCUUUUGGAACAACUUGGGGCGAGAGCGGUUUGAUGCGAAUUCACAAAUCUGCCAACGUAAAAUUGGCCAAAAAUGCCAUAUUCCCAACGCAGUGGGCAUAAAAUAGAAAUUCUCAUUACUUUUUUUGUUGUUAAAAGAGAGAAAAAUAUAAC